AUGGAGAUGAGGAGAAGACUUCUGCUGGGGCUGCUCUCUGUACUGGGGCUUGCAGUGCAAGCAUCUGAUGUCUCCACUCAGAAUAAGUUGCCUCCAUUUUGUGGCCAUUAUGAUUGUCCAAAGUACCAGCUGGUGAAACAAUAUUAUGACUUUGAACUUCGUCGGUAUGAAGAAACUCAUUGGGUGACUACUCCACUAGACAAGUACAUUUUUGACAUGGGGAUGGUGACCAGCUUCAACCGUUUGUUUAAAUACAUCUCUGGAGACAAUGCUGAAGGGCUGAAGAUGAGUAUGACAGUACCUGUGGUAAUGGAUUUGCCACUGGAACUACCAUCAACUAAGAAUGCCACAAUGUCCUUCUAUGUGCUACAUGCUGUGGAGAAUCCUCCAAGACCUACAGACCCUGAAGUUUACCUGGAUACAUAUCCUGCAGCUUCUGUAUAUGUCAAGUCUUUUGGAGGAUAUGCCGUAGAUGAAGCAUAUGCUGAGCAAGCUAAAGCCCUAGCAGAGAGCCUGAGGAUCCUUGGUCUGCAGUUUGAUGAUACAUACUUCAUACGUGCUGGCUACAAUUCUCCUUUUGACUUUUUCAACCGCCACAAUGAAGUGUGGUACAUGGCAAAGUAAACUCCUCCUCUCGGCAAGGGGAUUUCAUCAUCCUUCUGCUGCUCUUCACUGAA